CACUAAGCAGCACGUCCUGCUCCAGACCGCAGGAAGGCAGCACGCGCUUCGUCGUUAUGUCCCGGUGAUGACGUUGCUCUCAGUCUGUCUGUCAGAAAGUCUAGUUUAAGACGUCUAUAGAAGUUACAGCAAUGGGGAAACGUAUCGUCUCCGUUGUGCUUUUAUGGCUUUCGUUUUUGUUGUCCUGUGUGUGUAGCUUCUCCUUUGGCUCGGAAGUACACUUUGUCACGUGCGGCUCGGUGGUGAAGCUGCUGAACGUUAAACACAACGUCAGGCUCCAUUCUCAUGAUGUGCGCUACGGCUCCGGUAGUGGCCAGCAGUCGGUGACUGGAGUGACCACAGUGGAAGACAGCAACAGUUACUGGAGCGUGCGUGGUACCAGUGGGGCAGGUUGUCAUCGAGGAACUCCAGUCAGAUGUGGCCAGAACAUCAGGCUCACACACGUGAACACGGGACGAAAUCUGCACAGCCACUACUUCGCAUCUCCGCUGUCAUCCAACCAGGAAGUCAGUGCCUUUGGAGAGGAUGGUGAAGGUGACCAUCUGGAUGAGUGGACUGUAUUGUGUGAGGGUUCUGUAUGGCAGCGUGACGAGUCGGUGCGUUUCCAGCACACUGCCACAGAAGCUCUGCUGUCCGUGACGGGCGAGCAGUACGGCAGGCCAAUCCACGGCCAGAGAGAAGUGCACGCGAUGACCAGCAGCAGCCAGCACAGUUACUGGAAAACCAUGGAGGGCGUUUUCAUGAAACCCAGUGAAACAGGACCUAAAGACUUCAGCAGUCCGACACACACCGAGUUCUGACUGCUUUCACUCCAGCAUACAGCCGGUCUGAUCGCACAGUGCGUUCUUCAUGUUUGUUACGAAAAUCCCAAACAAUCCACACAUUACAUUGACUGGACAGUGAUAUGAUGGGCAGAGAGACUUCAUACUUCUUUAAUUCACAAAUAUGAUUUCAUUACUUAUUUAAUGUCUCUAAAUAAGGUGGAAAUAUAGAUGGUUUAUCAGCAGCUGUAAUUAAUGUUAGCACCUUGGAACUGGAUACACACCUGAACAUACACCGGUCAGGCAUAACAUUACGACCACUGCCAGGUGAAGUGAAUAAGACUGAUGAUCUCCUCAUCAUGGCACCUGUUAGUGGGUGGGAUAUAUUAGGCAGCAAGUGAACAUUUUGUCCUCCAAGUUGAUGUUAGAAGCAGGAAAAAUGGACAAGUGUAAGGAUUUGAGCGAGUUUGACCAAAAGGGCCAAAUUGUGAUGGCUAGACCACUGGAUCAGAGCAUCUCCAAAACUGCAGCUCUUGUGGGGUGUUCCCGGUCUGCAGUGGUCAGUAUCUAUCAAAAGUAUCCUUUAAGUCCUGAUUUAAAGGAUCUGCUGCUAACCUCUUGGUGCCACAGCACACCUUCAGGGAUCUAGUAGAGUCCAUGCCUUGACGGUCAUGACUGUUUUGGCAGCAAAAGGAGGAUCGACACAAUAUUAGGCAGGUGGUCAUAACAUUAUGUCUGAUCGGUGUAUCUGCCAUGUAUAGAGUCGAGUGCAAAAGUUUGCACACCCUUAAGGAUAAUACAAUGACGUGACAGUCUGGGGAAAAGCUUUCACGCAUCACUGCCAAAAAUAUAUUUCACCAAAAUGACCAUUUCAUUUGACAUCAUUUAAUUCUUUGUAGAUAACUAAACAUCCAGAAACCAUGUUUAGGGGAUGCAAACCUUUUCCACACGACUCUAUACUCUAUAUCUUCCCAUGAACAACCUUUAGCAUUUAUUUCCUUCAAACUGGGUGCUAGAUUUUAUAAAGCAAACUAUUAUGAAUAUUUUUUUUAUCUGAACAUUACAGUGCAGCGGUCAUUUUAAUGUCAAUACUGUGGGAAGUUGUUUUUUAGCCAGUAUUCUCCAGGCUGUUGAAAUGAUAAUAUUUAUACUUUUAUUCAAUGGGGUAGAAAUUUGUCACUCGAUCCAGUAUUAUAAUGAGCCAGAAAUGUAGUUAGCAUUUCUUGGAGUUCAUUGGUCACUUCUUAUUGUUGGGUGAAAUGCACUUUAAAGCCAUGUGUGGAAGUGCUCUAACACUAAACCUGUUUCCAGUAUGCACAUAGCUAGGAAGUUUUAAAAGACUUAAUGAAAGCAUUUCAGCAGUCUUCCCAUAAUAAAUAAAUAAAUGAAUAAAUAAAUAAAUUUCUUCAUCAUCCUGUCUCAUAAAAUGCAGAAUGCUGACCGGUCAGAGAUACACAAGAUGAAUUUGAAUUCAUAUGUUAAUUUUUUUCCACUCUCUUUGUUUAAAAGGAAUGCAUUACCCACAUGACCGUUGACUAAGGAGCUAUAAUUUACAAUCAUGGUUAUUAAUCAGCUUCCUGUUCCAAGCUGUUACUCCAACCAUGGACAAGUGUGUAUAUGUGAAUAUACAGCGGUCAGGCAUAACAUUAUAACCACUGAGAGGUGAAGUGAAUAAGACUGAGUAUCUCCUCAUCAUGGCACCUGUUAGUGGGUGGGAUAUAUUAGGCAGCAAGUCAACAUUUUGUCCUCAAAGUUGAUGUUAGAAGCAGGAAAAAUGGACAAGCGUAAGGAUUUGAGUGAGUUUGACCAAAAGGGCCAAAUUGUGAUGGCUAGACCACUGGAUCAGAGCAUCUCCAAAACUGCAGCUCUUGUGGGGUGUUCCCGGUCUGCAGUGGUCAGUAUCUAUCAGAAGUGUCCUUAAAGUCCUGACUUAAAGGGUCUGCUGCCAGAUACCACAGCACCCCUUCGGGGAUCUAGUGGAGUCCAUAAUGCCUCGACGGGUCAGGUCUGAUUUGGAAGCAAAAGGGGGAGUGAAACAAUAUUAGGUAAGUGGUCAUAAUGUUAUGCCUGAUCAGUGUACGUGUGUCUUGUUCUGUAACAUUUUGCUCCUAAGGAUUUCCUCGGUAGUUAUCCUCUGUGGAGUGAAAAUUAUUAUAAUAAACCUGUUUACAUUUUGUUUAAAAAAAAA